AUGAAUCCAAUGUUUUACUUCCUUCUUGCCUUAACCAUUGCUUUGGCCGCGACCACAAACGCCUACGGAGCAGUUCUCGACGUUAAUGGUAUUCCCAUAUUCGGCGGCAGUUACUACGUUCUCCCCGUCAUCUUCGGCGCUGCAGGUGGCGGCCUGAAUCUCACCCCUAGUGCUGGCAUCCCAUUCACAUGUUCCUUCAAUAUCGUGCAGGAAUCUUCAGAGGUUGAGAGGGGCAUUCCCGUCAAAUUCUCAAACUGGAGGCCUAAAGUUGCGUUCGUUCCCGAAUCACAGAACCUCAACAUCGAGAUGGACGUCAAAGGUACGAUCUGUGUCCAGUCAACCUACUGGAGCGUCGGUGAAUUCGACGGGGAGAGUAAGCAGUGGUUCGUAGCGGCUGGUCCGAAGCCAGAGGGAGACUCGUCGAGGAGUUUCUUCCAGAUCAAGAAAACUGGAGAUUUUCCUAACGGUUACAAGAUUGCGUUUUGUCCUAACGGUAACGAUUGCAUCGAUGUCGGGAUAUUUGUGGACAAAUAUGGCGUUCGGCGUUUGGCUUUAAGCUCUACGCCAUUCCCGGUUGUGUUCGUGAAAGCUACUGAGACAGAGACUUUGUCCAAGACUAUGUCUAUUAUCUGA